AUGGCCUCACAAAGCUACAGCUCGACCGCACGGGCCAGUCUCAGUGUCAAAUCUCCCAACCCAUCCGCCUUUACCCCCAACUUUGCCGACCCCAGUUUCGACCCCGCUGAUUUCCUCAAUGAUUCGCUUUCCCCGCUUACGGUGGCCUCAUCACAACCCAAUGCCUCUCGCGCGCCCGGCUCUCUGCCUUUGACCGAACUGUCAGCCCAAGUACAAACCCUCCUUUCGCAAAUCAGUGCCCAGAACGUUCGCCUGUCCAGCACUUUGUCUCAGUUGAGCGAUGAGAUCCUCCGCAGUGGUGGGCGUCUCGCCUACGAAGUGGAGGUGUUGCGAGGAGAAACAAUCGGCUUAUCCGAGACCUUGACAGAGGUCCUGCGGGACGACAUCGCCAAGUUCGUCGCAGAAACCCCGAAUACAACCGCUGUUCCAACCAGUCGCAAGCAUUUGAUGACGGAAGAAACAACAGAGGGUGCUACAUUUACAAAGGACGAGAAGGAAGAAGAGGACGACGAGGACACGGACGAAACAGCGGAGAAGGAUGCAACAAUGGCGGAUCCAGAGUACAUCACCAAUCUGCGCACACUGAACCAAGUCCGCUCGCGACUAGAGAAUGUUGUACAGACCUUUGGCGACGCUAUGGAGUGGCCUCUACCCCCAUCCGAGAUCUCCUUCUCAUCCUCCUUUAUCUCCGUCUCCGGCCCGGACAUAAGUGUCGAAGGGUCCGACCAGGAAGCAAAGGGCCAGGAGGUUAUGAAAAAGCUACGAACCGAGACAUUGGAGCUGCUGGACAGCGAGGGUGGUGGACGUGUUGGGUUGGAGGCUGCGACUCGCCGCGUGGAGACUCUACGAACAUUGGCAACGGUUUGGAAAGGGUCUGCUGAGGAGAAGGCACGGCAACGAUUUGUGGAUAAUUUGGCCCGGCUCGUAGAUGAGCGACGGCGCAACCUGGAGCAUCAACAAGCAAUGGUUGAACAAAACCAGCGCGGUCCAAAGUCCCGGUCGGAACAAAGGCGAGACAGUGAUAGUGGAGCACCGGCGGGUGGCUUAUUCCGGAAUCUGCAGCGACUCAAGGAGGAGAUCUACUUGGAGUAG